UCUCCCGCGUUUCUGCAAUUCCCUGCGCUGGUGAUGCGGUUAAAUGCAGAAUGCUAAUCUCACUCUCUGUGCUCGGCAGCUGCUCCGCCGCCGUCACCGCCUCAACUUUCUCCGUAUCAGCCAGCAAGGGUGUUUUUCACUGCAGGAGUACUCAUCGGAAGUCGCUCCGGUUCGAGGUUCGAGCCUUCCUCCAGAAAUCCCCGUCUUCACUCUCCGAUCAACCGUCCGUGGUUCUCGACAGUCUCCGAAUCCUCGAGUGGGACAAGGUCUGCGAUGCCGUCGCCUCCUUCGCCGGCACUUCACUUGGCAAGGAAGCCACCAAGGAACAAUUGUGGAAUUUGAGUCGAACAUACGAAGACAGUCUUACACUGUUACAGGAAACCAGUGCUGCUUUGGAAAUGCAUAAAUACGGUGCAAUGAUGGAGUUUACUGGACUUGAUAUCGAGCUGGUGAAACUUGCUAUACAAUGUGCACGUAGGGAUUCUCCUGUCAGUGGGAGUGAGGCCAUUGCUCUUGCAGCUCUGUUACAGUUUGCUGAAGAUUUACAGUCAAAUGUUAAAUCUGCAAUUAAACAAGAUGCAGAUUGGUAUCAGCGCUUCAUGCCUCUUACUGAAGUGAUUGUAGAACUUGAGAUAAGCCGAUCAUUAGUGAGCUUCAUACAACAAUUGGUUGAUGAAGAUGGCUCUGUUAAGGAUUCUGCGAGCUCUACUUUGAGACAAUCCCGUGAUCAAGUUCGUUUUCUUGAAAGAAAGUUGUACCAGUUGAUGGAGGCCUUGAUUAGGAAUGAAACAAGGGAAACAUCCUCUUUGGAAGUGAGCACAGUUGAUGGCAGAUGGUGCAUAAGAUCAGGAUCUGCUCAGCGAAUGGGCUUUGAGGGGCUUCUGUUGUCAAGCGGUUCAGGUAUGGGAAGUAUUAUCGAACCUCUCCCAGCUGUUGCAUUAAAUGAUGAGUUGCAACAAGCAAGGGCAUCUGUGGCUAAGGCUGAGGCUGAUGUUCUCUUUAAGAUAACAAAGAAGAUGCAAGAAGAUCUUCAUGACAUCGAAAAUGUUUUCAGUAUCAUAGUUGGAAUAGAUGCUAUUAAUGCUCGAGCACAGUAUAGCCUGUCACUUGGAGGUGCAUAUCCUGAUUUAUUUUUGCCACAAGACAAGGGCACCUCUGUUGCUGCUGAUGCAAUGCUGGAGGAUGGAACUUCCAUUACAUCUCAGGGAAAAUGGACUUUGUAUCUACCAAAAGCCUAUCAUCCCUUACUCCUUCAAAAGCAUCGGCAGAACCUUCAAAAGGCAAUGAAAGAUGUCCGAAAUGCCACUGCUGAAAUCAGGAGGAGGAAACAGCAAGGGCGAGUUACUCGUGAAGAAUCAAAUUUGGACAUAUCAUCCUUGGAGAUGGAGGUUGCUAAAGUUAAACAAGCUCCCCCGGUUCCUGUUGACAUAUUUAUAGCCCAAAAUACUAAAGUUCUGGUCAUUACUGGCCCCAAUACUGGAGGAAAAACCAUUUGCUUGAAGACUCUUGGGUUGGCUGCUGUGAUGGCAAAGUCGGGCCUUUAUGUGCUAUCUUCUGAACCAGUGAAGAUCCCUUGGUUUGACUAUGUGUUGGCUGAUAUUGGUGAUGAACAAUCCUUAUCUCAGUCUUUGUCUACUUUUUCUGGCCAUCUAAAACAAAUUAGUAAAAUCCAGUCUUGUUCAACAAAUAUGUCCCUUGUGCUAUUAGAUGAAGUUGGUGCAGGGACAAAUCCUUUGGAGGGAGCAGCGUUGGGGAUGUCAUUGCUAGAAUCUUUUGCAGAAGCUGGUACUUUGCUGACAAUAGCUACAACACAUCAUGGAGAACUCAAGACCCUUAAAUACAGUAAUAAGGCCUUUGAAAAUGCAUGUAUGGAAUUUGAUGAAGUGAAACUGAAGCCAACUUAUAAGAUUCUUUGGGGAGUUCCAGGACGUUCAAAUGCAAUCAAUAUUGCUGAAAGGCUUGGAAUUCCAAAGGUGAUUCUGGAUAAUGCUCGUGAACUUUAUGGAGUAGCAAAUGCAGAAAUUAAUGAGGUUAUACUUGAUAUGGAGAGAUUUAAGCAGAAAUUUCAUGAGCAAAUUCACGAGGCUCAACAUUACUUGAAGGUCUCAAGAGAACUUCAUCAGAAGUUACUUGUCACCAGAAAGAGAAUCACUGAGCAUGGCAUUGAACAAAGAUACAGGAAGAUAGAAGAAAUGUCUCGGGUAGCAGCAGCAGCGCGCUCUGCACUUCACAGGAGAGCACGACAAUUUCGUGCAUCUCCUAGGCAACCUUCUGAAACAAAUUCAAACAACGGACAGUACACUUCAGCAUUGGAAAGUGACAAUACUAACAAGACAUUGGAAAUCGAAACAUGUGAAGCUACCACCAUGGCUGAGAGCGCAGUCAACAACUUAAAGCCACGUGUUUCAGCGCAAAAGAGGGCUGGACUUCCCAACGUGGGUGAUGCAGUGCAUAUUGUUUCCCUAGGCAGGAAAGCUCUUGUCCUAAAAGUGGAUUCUUCUCGAGAUGAAGUCGUAGUUCAAGCCGGUAACCUGAAGCUUAAAUUGAAAGCAUCAGAUGUAACUUAACAGCUAGGUGUUCAUCAUCCCUUGAGCUCAGAUGUAUUUCGUGGCUUGCCAAUAGCUAUUAAUACUAGUGCAGUGCAUGACUUUCUGCCUCGGCAUAAAGUACCUUCCUCAAUUGUAUUUCCCACGUAUAUAUUUGAUGCGAUAUAUAUAUCGUAUAUGUCUAUAUUUA